CCCAUAUACACAAGCGGCGGCAGAAGUGACCCAGUCCGUAUCGAGGUGCCGUAGAAGAAGGGUGAAGGGUCAGGCUGUUCCCCGUGAAGUAAUGACCGCCUGGCUUUGGUGAGGGUGGCAGCCAGGCAGACGAGGCCCCGCAGGAACAUGGACAAGGUGGCGAGGGCGGGCUGGGCGCUGCGGCGGGUGGCGAGGGCCGAGGUGUGGGCCGCGGCAGGUGCCCCAGACCCGUUAGGCAACAUUCCGCCGCCCAGGUUAAAGAGGGACUACAGCACAAUUCCUCAGCAAAAGCCAGACUGGAACAGAGCAGUGAGUGAUGCCGAGAAGAUUGUUGGUUACCCUACCUCCUACCUCACCUUGCGCUCCCUCUUGUCGGAUGAAAUGUCUAAUAUUGCUGUCCACAUGAGGAAACUAGUGGGGUCCUCACAUCCCUUGCUUAAAACUGCCAAACGUCUGAUAUACAAUGGUAGAAACAACAUGCAGACUCGUGGCCUCAUUGUGCUGCUAAUUUCCAAGGCAGCAGGACACCUCAACCCUGAAGAGCUGGAGCAGGAUCAGCCAGCAGGUGUUUCCCUCAGUCAGCGAAGUUUGGCAGAGAUCACCGAGAUGAUUCACACGGCCCAUUUAAUUCACAAAGGAGUUGUCAAUCUGUCCCCAACGGUGUUUGAUGGCACCACUCUGCAGGACAUGGAGUUUGGUAACAAGAUUGCCAUUCUGUCUGGAGAUUACCUCCUGGCCAAUGCUUGCACUGGCUUGGCUACCCUUAGAAACACCAAGGUUGUUGAGCUGAUCAGUACAGCCAUCAGUGACUUUAUGGAGGCAGAAUUCAUUGGAGAGCGAGAUAACCAGGGAAACCCAGUUCCUAAUGAAACUAUUACUAUGCAAGAUUGGAAUGAGAAGAACUUUUUAGCUGCUGGCAGUUUGAUGGCAAAGUCCUGCCAAGCAACACUGGUGCUGGCAGGCCACAGUGAAACAAUGCAGAUGAAGGGCUUUGAAUUCGGGAAAGAGAUUGCCCUUGCUUGGCAGGCUUACAGUGACCUCCAGCCCUUCACCGACCUAUAUCGUCACCCACCUGGGACCUCUAUUGACAUGACCUCAGCCCCAGUCAUCCUGCACCUAAUGCAUGACCUUUCUCUGCUGGACUUUGUAGCAGCUGCUGGUGAAUCCAUGGAAAACUGUGAUUUCAAGAAGAUCCACCAGGUCAUCAUGAGUGGCAGUGCCGUAGAGGAGGCCAAGCAGCUGUGUCAGUCUCAUGCCCAGCGUGCCCUCAAUGUUGUGCAGGAGACAUUUGACCCUUCAGAUGCCCGCACAGCACUAGAGAACAUUAUAAAUGCCCUGAAAAUAUACUAAGAGGAGAAAGUUGGUUUUGCUGCAAGAGUAGGCUGUACAUCAUGUGCAAUAUUGAAAAAAAAUUGCUUGAAAUAAUACAUUCUAAGUGCCAGGUAACUGGUGUAUGGUACCUAAAUUAACAUAAAAGGGAGGCUCUAUUGUCACUGUAUUCUGUAAGAAUGCAGGAAUGCAGUUUUAUUUACUUUUCAAUGAGUUGGUGAGGAGUGAGCAAAUAUAAAGAUGUGGGGGGUUGGAACACCAGUUAGAUGGACUGAUGGAGGGAGGAGCAUGAGGUAAUAAGGGUGUUGUUCUCACUAGGGGGAAAUGGGUAUAGGCAAAAAUGGGAAGAGGUGGAGACACUGCUUUGACCAUCUGCAGGAGAGAUCUUAUCAAAGGUGGUUGGGCACAGGAGCCACCACACAUUGGUGUCGCAAGCCAAGCUCCAAAGAAUAUUCUGUUAACCUAUCAGCCUCUGACUACAGCACAUUGCAGGGCACGUCUGUGGUCUCUAGUGUUUAGUGCCUGUUGGAAAUUUGUAAAUACCAUCCUAUCAGCAUGGGAGUGGACAUGACAACCAGUUUAGGAAGUAAAGAGUAAAGAAUUGUCACGUAAAUAAGGGCAGUACCAGACACUUGAACUGCAAAAUAUAUUGAAUGGAAGAUGCUGUCAUCACAAUGAGUCUUUUGUAACAGUGCAAACUUUAUUUUUAUAACAAAGUAGAGCAUUGUUUAGAUUACAGUUUGGGGAAUAUUAAACCUCAUGGAGUAGUUUCUUAUAGAAAAUUGUACAGCUGUGAAUUUUUUCCGUAUAUAUGGGCCAUUGUUAUAACAAGGUAUCUCAUCCUUUAAGGA